UUGGAGAGACAGUACCAGGACCUGACGCAACAGCAUCAGGAGUUGGCACAACUCUGCCGCAUGGUGCAGAGCCACGAGGAUGCAACCCGGACACUCAAUGCCCGAUUGCUGGACCUGGAACAGGCUGUACCAGGACCAACUGUUGGGGCUUCCAGCAGUGCACCCUCGAGCCGCCAACUGGAGGACCGCGUUGACCACGUAGUGGCAAUGCUUGGCGACAUCAGCACCUUCGCUGCGACGACCACCACCAUCAGCAGUCAGCUGCAUACAUUGAAGACCGAGGUCCAGCAGUUGCAGAUGACGAAUGGGGAUGGCAAUCCGAAGAUGUAUAAGAUGCCAACCUUCAAUCUGGAGAGGUUCGACGACUACACGCAGCAGGAUCCGGUCCUCUGGUGGGAAGCAUUCACAACGCAACUCAGGAUUCUGCCCGUAGCCAAGCAUGCGUACAUCGGCGCCCUGUUCCUGAACUCACAGGGCGGAUGCCAGACCUGGUUGAGCCACCUGGCAACCUCCCACGGCGUCGAUGUACCAGACUUGAAGGACGUAAUCACAUGGGAGGAACUGAUACGGCUGUGGAAGAAGCGGUUCAUCGUCGACGACGCGCCGACACUCGCCAUCAACCGUUUGUUCACCAUGACAGUUUCCAUGGGUCAAGUUUGGCUUGACCAAGGCGGAGUACAAGGUCUGCGGCCACUAUGGCAGCUGCUAUUGGUGCAACAGCACCAAGCACAAGACCUCCUUGUGCCAAGAUCAGGGCAAGGAGGAUGUGUGACCCCGCCUCAGCUCGGGAAACUGAGCUCCACGGAAGGUGAGGCAACUCCACCUUCUACUCCGCCAGAUUCGACCGCCUUGCUAGCGGCCUCCUGCACAUCUGGGGAGGAUGCGAAUGUCGCAAGUCCUCGGUAUACUUACGAGGAUUAUAUCGUCCAUUUGGUUCCACCACUGGACCAACCGCUCCACGUGCAACAGUCCACCGCAUGCACGGUUUCAUCACUAUCGGCAACCGAUUCGGCAGCUUCGCCGCAAUCUAUCGCCGGGGAUUUGACGUCAUGGUCAAGACUUGAAGAGCUCGACCCAUUGACGUUUACGGACUUCCAGUGGAUGCCCGUUCCCUCGACCGGACAAUUGCCGAAACCGCAUUGCAACGUGCUUAUGGCACAAUUGCGGGACUACUUGCACACUGCAGUACCAGCUCCGUUGAUGGACGCCGGAGCAGAGGUUGUCGACCUUCUCGCGUACAUCGCGAAGAUCGACCGCGAGUUCAAGACGCAACGGUACGACGACAUCGACACACCAUUACUAUACGUACGCAUUCAGAUCGGUGAGGCGACCUGCAGUGCCUUGAUCGAUUGCGGAACAUCUCGCAACUACAUCAGCCAGGACUUCAUGGUACGCGCCGGCCCUGGCCCACGUGUCUUGAGGAAGUCCCAGCCUACGCAAGUCACGUUGGCAGACGGUCAUACGCACAAGUCAAUUGACCGGUGCAUUGACGCCGUUCCCGAGUACUUUGCCCCUCACGCAAGUGAGGCGGUGUCGUUUGAUAUUCUGGACACCAAAUUUGACAUGAUCUUGGGCAUGUCAUGGUUGCGAAGCAAGGAUCACCCGGUGAACUUCUUCAACCGCACUGUUCACGUUCGUGACCAGAACGGGGUAUUAGUUCCAUGCACGGUGCCUCUUCCUCAUCCUUCGAUCAGCUGCCACGUGGUAUCUGCCGCAAGCAUGCGAGCUUCCAUCAUCAGAGACAACAUCGAGGAGAUGGGGGUGUGUUUUCUCCACGCCCUCCCGCCCCGAGACGCUUCAUCGACGGACUCACCUUCGGAUCCACGCAUCACCGAAUUUCUCGACGCCUACAGCGACGUGUUCGAAGGCCCGCACGGAGAAGUACCGGAUCGACCCAUCCGCCACGAGAUCAUCCUCGAGGACGGGGCCGUACCUCCGCGCGGCUGCAUCUACCGAAUGAGCGAGGAAGAGUUAAGUGUGCUCCGCGCACAACUCGACGACCUUCUUGAGAAAGGCUGGAUUCGGCCUAGCUCAUCGCCAUACGGUGCUCCUGUUCUCUUCGUCCGGAAGAAGAACAAGGACCUGCGGUUGUGCAUCGAUUAUUGCAAGCUCAACGCGCAGACGAUCAGGAAUGCCGGCCCUCUCCCACGCAUCGACGACCUUCUCGAGUGAUUGGGCGGCGCCCAAUUCUUCUCUAAGCUGGAUCUCAAGUCAGGGUACCACCAACUCGAGAUUCGCAAGGAGGAUCG